AAUUCUUUUGUUUUCGCCAUGGUUGUGGAGACGCCCACUUCCAAUCCGCUGCCUCCUCCUCCGCGGCGCCGGAACGAUGGCGGAUUAUCGUCGCGCCAAGAGAAUCUCUCCAAUGCGGAUUUCCGGCGGAUGGUCAUGGAGACGCCGCGGCGAGCUCCACCGGAUGAGAGCUCCAAGGAUCAACGCCCUAAGAAGAAGAAUGCCGAUGAGAGCGCAAAGCGUCCUGCCCGAAAGUUUCGACCGCCCAAGCCCAAAGAAGAGGAGAAGAAACCGACCAAAGUCGACGAAGAGGAUGAUUUGCCAAAAUACCGCGACCGUGCUAAAGAGCGGCGCGAGGAUCAAAAUCCUGACUACGAACUUAUGGCUGCAGCAUCUGGAAUCAGCACCUUACACGCUGUAGCUCCUCCGGGAGCUGUCGACUUACAGGCAGCUGAAAUACAAAAGAAGAUAUCCAUAGCCAACAGCAAGUACCUUGGAGGUGAUGUCGAGCACACGCACCUGGUAAAGGGGCUAGACUACGCCCUCCUAAACAAAGUCCGGAGUGAGAUUGAUAAGAAACCCGAAGAGUUGGAGGAGCCUGAGGAAGAAAUAAGGGUCAGCAAGACCGAGGACGAACCAAUCAAGUUCAAUACUCCAGUUGCCAGGGUGAUAUACAAAUGGUUGGUCAAGCCUCCAACGUUGAGCAAAACAAGCGACAUGUUUCUUCCGGGUCGGAUGGCCUAUGCGUUCGACAUGGAAGAAAUGUCACACCAUAUUCCUACCACCGUGUACCGAAGCAAAGAUGACUGUCCUACACCCGAGGAGUUUGUGACUGUGGGAGUUGAUGUGGCUGUUUUAGACAGGAUAGCCAAAAUCAUGGCUUAUUUGAAGCUGGGAGCUUCCGGUAAGGCCUCUAAGAAAAAGAGGAGAGAUAAGUCCGACACAAAAGGCACUGCAAAAGAAGCCGCGGCACUGGUAGCACCGAUUGACGUCAAACAACCAGAGACGCAUGAUGAUGAAGUAGUAAAGAACAGGCCUUCAGACACAGACGAUGCCGCCGUCGAAGAGGAAGCACCAAAGCCUCGAGUGGCUGAAGACGACAUAUUUGCAGACGCUGGCACAGACUACGUAGUAACUAUGGACGGCAGCCCUCGAUCCGAGGACAUGGAGGAGUCUCCACGACGGGAUGGAAAUGGUGGCGAUUCAUACUUUCAUGAGGAGCAAAGAUCACAUGAAGACUUGGAACAGGCUCCAAUGCAAGGUCCUGCGAUGCCUCAGUUCGGUAGUGAGUGGCAAGAUUACCUUCCUCCUCCUCCAGACGAUCCUUCUUAUGAAUACUACGCCAAUCAGCUUAGCGUGGAGGGAAAUGCAAGCGUUCCAGCAGCAGCCGUUGCUCCUGUUGCACCAAAGGAUCCUCUGUGCAUGACGCAGGAAGAGAAGGACAGAGGCAUGAGUUCGGUGUUCAAGCGCGACGAUCAAAGGCUCCGUCAGCGAAGGGAGCUUGAUUCUCGCGAGAAAGAUCCAAACUUUGUGUCAGAGAGCUACUCGGAGUGUUACCCAGGCUACCAGGAAUACAACAGAGAGAUAGUUGACAGCGAUGAAGACGCGGACCUCACGAAAAUGGACGUCGGUGGCAGGGCUAAAGGGCGAUUGCAUCGCUGGGACUUUGAGACAGAGGAAGAGUGGGGAAAAUACAACGACCAGAAAGAAGCCACUCCAAAAGCCGCUUAUCAGUUUGGUGUCAAGAUGCAAGAUGGGAGGAAGACGCGGAAGCAAAACAAGGAUCAGAAGCUCAACAACGAGCUACACAAGAUAACUCAGAUAAUGGAGAAGAAGAAGAGAGAAAAAGGGGGGUUGCAUGAAGACGGUGACAUUGUUGCCGAAGAAAGCAGCCAUCCUGGGAAGAGAAUAAGAACAUGAAUAUAAUGUAGAAACGGGGGAAAUAUCUCUUCGACAUAUAGAUUCGACAUGAAUUUUUCAUAAGUAA